AUGCCUUACUCAUACCCUCGACCCGACGACCACCUGCGGACUACGCCUUCAGGAUACGCACAUCUGGCGAGCCAGGCAAGCCAAGUCAUGCAGCAGCGGCCUCCUCCGCCCUACAUGCAAAUGUCUGGACCACCGCCGCCACAGCCAACAGGACCCCAUCAGCAUGGCUAUGCGACGACCAUGUCGCAGACAUCCCAGGACAGCGGUCCCUAUACGUCUCCCAAGACGCAAAGAAAGACAAAGGGCCAUGUGGCAUCAGCCUGUGUGCCAUGUAAACGAGCCCAUCUUCGAUGCGACGCUCAACGACCCUGUUCGAGAUGCACAAGCAACGGCAAGGAAGACGCCUGCGUUGACGUGCAACACAAAAAGCGUGGCCGCCCGCGGCUGAGAGACGACCGAGAAGCGCGCUAUGGCCCCUCGACAUAUCAGCAUCCCCAGGAUGCCGCCGCCGCCGCGGCAGCAAGGAGACCGCCGCUGAGCCACUACUCAGCUGGCACUCCUAUCUCAGGGUACGAUGACCCCAUCCGAGGCAGUCACUCCUAUCGCGUUCUAAAGUCUCAACCAAGCGAACCCAUUGCGCCUCGGUAUCUGGACAGAGCUCCCAUGGGCGAGGCGAACCUGUACAGCCAGCCCCCGUCUUUCGCGUCCGGUGCGCCCGAGCCAGUCAUCUUCUUGACGACAGAGCUGGAAAUUGCGCGUGCUUCGCCGGCUUUUGCUGAUGCCGUCGGUAUUGCCAACGUCAGAGGUCGCUCUCUCUUUGACAUCGUAGUGCCCAGUGAGCGCGAAAAGCUUCAGAGCCAUCAACGGCAGAUACAAGAAGAGCGAACAAGAAAGGACCCGGUCUACCUACCUCCCAUCUUCGGCAGGCAGGAGCAAGAGCGCAUUUUCGACUCUUUGCGAUUCGAGGCCGAUGAGAUUUCGCGGUUCCAACUCGAUCGUCAAGACUUCUUCGUUUUCGCGGCGAGCGAUGGACAGCCGAGGUCGUAUUCCGUGCGUCUGGGGUUGGCCAAGCGUGAAUCGAUUUAUUUCAUCGUCCUUCUCAUCAACGCCGCACCGCGGUAUCCGUAUCCCUCGCCAUCGCCGCAUGCACGCGAGGUGCCGUAUCCUUAUCCGCCCCAACAGCAGGCGUACGCGCAGCAUACCCCCGUCUCCGCCACGUUCGAGCAGCCGAGACCUCGAUUCGGAGAAGGCGCACUCGCGCCGCGCCCAUCCCCUGGCCAGCCUCUGCACAUGGCUUCUGGUCUAAGCCCCGGCAUCAGUCCUGGCAUGCCCUCCUAUGCGGCCUCGCCCAGUCGUCCCGAGUACGCCAGCGGACCCUCGUCGUACCAAAUCCCUCGCAGUGAGCUGCCGCCGACCACUCGGCCGCCGCAGCCAUCUUUCCAGUUGCCUCCGAUUCGAGCUGGGCCCCACCAACCUCCUCAGCUAGAAUCAUCUUCCUGGCAAAGGGAUGAACGAUCCGGACGGGUCGAUAUCGGUGGCCUGCUCGAGAAGCCGGACGCGCAGCAACGACGUCCGCAAUGA